UACAACACAGCCAGAUCUGAGGACAUGCUUCAGUAACUCCUGCUGCAUAGGUUUUAGGUGAGAGCACACAGAGGCAGACUGAAUUAACAUCAAAGGGAUAGAAGAGAACAACAACAGCUAAAAAGUGGACAGGAGGUAGGAACAAGUAUAUGCAAUUGUAUUUUUUUUUUCUAAAGAGAGGAGAGAAGAAAGUCUGGCAGUGCAGAGGUGAGGCAAAGCGAGAAGCUGCCAGGAGUGGGACUACCCAGCUGUGGGAGGUUCUUCCAGAGAGGGUGCAUAGAUCUUUUGGCCUCCACUGGGAGUCAGAGCCCCAGGAUCUAGAAACAUGGAGCCCUCUAUGUCAACUGACGUCGAGGGAGAGCACAAAGAGAGGAAAAAGAUCCAGUUUGCUGUGCCGGCCUCGGCUCCCACCAACCUGGACCCUCGGCAAGUGGAGAUGAUCAGACGCAGGAGGCCCACUCCUGCCACGCUUUUCAGAGUAGCCGACCAAUCUCCUGAGGAUGAUCAGUCCACUCAUCAGGUAAAGUGGGUUGUGGGGGAGAAUGGCGUGCUUAAACCAAAACGUGUGAAUCCGAAUGUGUAUCAACCUCCAUCGCUCAAAGCUGUGCAGAAGAUGGCAGAAGCCCAAAUGCAGAAACUAGGUGUCUAUCCUUUGGAAGACCCUUGUGAAGGGGAAGAGGAUGAGGACCACUGGGAGGGAGAGGAGGGAGACGAGGCAUCUCCCGCCAAAGCUAAUGAUCAUCAAGAGACAGCGACCACUGAAAAGUUUUCUAGUGUGAAAGAGACAACCAAGGAGAAAGAGACAGCACAUGAGGAAGAUGAAGAGGUGGAGGAGGAGGAGGAAGAAGAAAAGCAGGACAAGAUUGAGAACAGUCGGGCAUGUAACUGAGGGGAGAUUGGAGAACAUAUUUUGGAGGGACUAUUAAGGAAGAGAGUUGGUGUUGUCAAACUGUUUAUAAUAUGGGGAACUUGUAGAAAUGAAGAAAUUGUUAAAUUUGUGGAGUUUCACUUGUUGGUGAGAUGUGUGAAUGAUAGAAAAUUCCAUGUGCGCGUGAGUAAACAAAGCUUUUUGUACUACGUACCCUCUAAAGGGUCACCUGGAUAUAAAGUGAAAAAUCUUAUGAACAGUUGAUGAAUGAUCCACUGACAGAGCAUUGCACAAUUUGGCCCUACUGACCUGUUUUUAUAAUGAAAGUUGAAGGACCAAGGUCAGUGUGACCAAAACCUCUGCAAGGUUAAGUCCUCCCAUCACUGUUAAUGCUUCAGCUCAGAGCUAAACAUUAUUUUAAGAGGCUAAAAGGUUGAACAGAUAAUACAAUUUAUUGGGUAUAAUUUAAGACUCAAGGUAGCUCUUUUAUGACUCUCUGUGAAAACACUUGGAGGUCUUUAAAAAUGUGUAGGAUGUAUUCUGUUUCAUUUUGAAAUCAAGACCUACAUUGUUUGAAUCAGCCCUUUGUGUGUGCUGCCAUCUUGUGGUGAAAAAAAAGCUUGACAGGGUUGUAAAGUCCAACUUGCAGCUUCUUUUUUUCUAAUUGAGUUAUAACCAAUGAUGUAUUGAUCUCACCUCUUACCUUUAACUUUAGACCUUUUUUCGCUACAUGUUCUCAGCUUUAGCCUUUAAAUUAACCAACAAUCUGUAAUUUAUACUCUAUGAGGACUUUAUCAAGAUUAUAACGAGUCCAGAUUUAGUAAAAGCUUUUUGCUUUUAUUAUUUUGAAGGUAAAUUCUUUAUUUUUAAAUGAACUAAAUCAUUCUCAAAAAUCUAAAGCAUGCUUUAAUCUAAAAGUUAUGGGUUCAGUGAUUAUAUGUGUUUUGUUUUACUAAUUUCUUUAACUUUGUAAGAUUUGAAAUUUAAAAUUAAAGGCCAAUUCUACCUCUAAUUGAAAAACACAUGAAAAAAGAAACAUCUACUGCCUCCAUAUUUUAGUUGGAGUAAUAAUUUACUGGAAAAAAGUUAGAUUCCUUGUUGUUUAUUGGAAUAAAAUUAAGAUAUCACACAGGUUUUUGUGUAUUAACUCUUUUAUAAUUAUUUCUUUUGGAUUGCUAACAUAAUUUUAUGCUGUAAGAGCUAUUUUUCUAGUCUCAAGUUUAGUUUAUGAGCUCAGCUGCUUGUUUUCAAGCAUGUGACAUGCAGCACCAGGCACCUUAAACUAGAUGUUGUGCUAUUUUUUGUAAAUCAGUCACAUGAGCUCUGUUCACAAAUGUUAUAUUGUUAUUUUAUAGUUGAUAAAAACAUAUUUUACUGAACAAAAUGUAAAAUAAUUAAAGUUACAAUCAGUCUAAUUCAAAUUCUAAUAAUUUACUGGUGGCAGUAAUGCAUGGGAAGAUUUCCAGAUGCAACACAGGGUGAUUGCAUUGUAUGUUCCAUCUGGGCUGCUGUUUGUUCAUAAGACUCGUAAGAAUAUUUUUUUUAAACCUCUAACCAAACUGACUGGAUGAGCAGUAGGUUGUAUGUUCAGUCAACCAUUCGCUCUCUGUCACCCUCCUACCUUUCUUGGUCCAGUUCAGAAGAAAAGACAGAAGAAAAAUCUUGUUUGAACAUAUUUUUGCUUAUUUUGUCCUUGUUUCUCUUUUGUUUUCCACUCUUUUGUUUCAUAAUGUGACGUGGUUAUCUUAAAGUGAGCACUCUAUGAUAUCAAAAUAAAGGUUUUUUUCUUCUACUUUA